CCGCUUGUUUGGGAGGCUCGAGAGGAGCGAGUACGCUUCCGAUUCAGCGGGUUAUUUACUUCGGAAUUCGGAUGGACCCAGUAAAGUAAUAAUAACAACAAUUUCGAGUACCUCAGAGAUUCGCACGAGGUAUCGAGUCGUUCUGUGAACGUAAACAGAAGUUUAACUAUACUGUUUUUGAUUCUUGAGUAAGAAACGAAGUGAAUAAGUUGAGGGCUGUGCUGCAUAAACCACAAGUGAAAACAAGCAGGACCAUAUGAAACUUCCGCCAGAAAAUGGCUACGCCGGCUGUAGUUUCCACGGAUGGAGCGAGCUCCAGUAUUCCUGGAAAUCGAAAGAUGGCUUCUUCGGAGGGUCUGAGCAUCUCGAGUUCAUCCCAGACGAACAAAAAGACCUUGGGUCACAGAGGGAUUGACCCCACUGGAGAGACCACGUAUAAAAAGACCACAUCAUCUGCUUUGAAAGGUGCCAUUCAGCUGGGCAUCACACACAGCGUAGGAAGCUUGAGCCAGAAGCCAGAAAGAGAUGUGCUCAUGCAGGAUUUCGAAGUGGUAGAAAGCAUCUUCUUUCCCAGUCAAGGCAGUAACUCAACUCCAGGUCAUCACCAUGGUGACUUCAAGUUUAAAACUUAUGCUCCCAUUGCAUUCCGCUACUUCAGAGAGAUGUUUGGGAUCCGACCUGAUGACUACCUGUACUCUCUUUGUAAUGAACCCCUUAUCGAGUUGUCUAACCCUGGAGCGAGCGGGUCUAUCUUCUACGUUUCUAGUGAUGAUGAGUUUAUCAUUAAGACGGUUCAACACAAAGAGGCAGAAUUCUUGCAAACACUCCUGCCAGGUUACUUCAUGAACCUGAACCAGAACAUGCGUACACUGCUUCCCAAGUUCUACGGCCUCUACUGUGUUCAGGCCGAGGGGAAGAACAUCCGAAUUGUAGUGAUGAACAACCUGCUGCCACGCGCUGUACCCAUGCACCUUAAAUUCGACCUGAAGGGCUCCACACACAAGCGACGUGCUUCGCCUAAAGAAAAGGCCAAGAGUGUGCCCACGUUCAAAGACCUAGACUUUAUGCAGGACAUGCCUGAGGGCAUACUACUGGAGAGUGACCACUACAGCGCCCUCUGUAGGACCAUUCAGAGAGACUGUCGGGUACUACAGAGCUUUAAGAUCAUGGACUACAGUCUGCUGGUGGGUAUCCAUAACUUGGACCGGGCAGGUGAAGAGGUGUCUACUGCUGUGCCCGAUACCCAGAAAAAGGCACCAGGCCAGAAGCCCCUUUACUGUACAGCCAUUGAGUCUAUUCAAGGGGAGUCUAAGGGCAGGACUUCACCACAGCCCUACGAAAGCAUGGGAGGAAUUCCCGCAUUCAGUUCAAAAGGAGAAAGAUUGCUGGUUUUCAUCGGCAUCAUUGAUAUCCUUCAGUCUUAUAGGCUUGUAAAGAAGUUAGAGCACUCAUGGAAAGCUCUGCUGCAUGAUGGGGACACGGUAUCCGUGCACCGGCCAAGUUUCUAUGCAGAUCGUUUUCAGAAGUUUAUGUGCAACACAGUCUUCAAAAAACCUCCAUUGAAAACCUCUCCCUCAAAGAAAAGUCGUGUGGGAACUGUCUCUGGUGGAAAGAAGUCAAACAUUGCAGUAUCUGGACAAUCACAACAGUCCCUUCCUGUAGCAGCAGAACAAACACAGCCACAACAGACUACAGUGCAGCUGUCCAGCAGUGAAGCUGUGUCUCUCAGCCCAGACACUCAAGGAGACAGCGGUGCUCGUCCUGACCUGCUCCCAAAACAGGUUACUGAAGAUGAGAUCACGAGUAGCUCAGCUGAUACAACCCUGUCAGCAACCUCUCCUGUAAGCUCUCGGCCAUCCACAAACACUCCGGCUCUAAGUCGUAGCAGUAUAACUGCCCAGUCAUCAGGGGAAAGUUUGGAUAUCGAAGUCAUUUCACUCACUGAGAUUGUUCCUCAGACAAGCACCUCAGAAUGAAAGACGAUGGAUGAACAGGACAAAAUAAAGCCCUCAAGGACAAAGAUUUACUCCCUUUUAAGGGUAUCAGAACAGGAUGUAAAAUAAAAACAUGAAAGUAAGAUGGAGUUGCUGUAAACACCCGAGGAAGUGGAAACCAGAGAAUCUGGAUUACAAAAGAGAGAAGUGCGCGUUCAUAAAACUUCAGGAUAACGAUUCCCCCCCCCCCCUUUUUUUAUAUAUAUAUAUAUAAAUAUAUAUUUUUGGAUGUCAGUACAUCCAAUAUUGCUGCUAAGAAAUGGAACCAAAUGAAAGAUGCCACUGGAGUACCUCAACAGUGUGAUAUCACUGUUCUCAAACAGAGACAUAGAAGCAGUUCCAUUUUUACAAGAACUUCCAGAACCUGAUAAUGUUCACAGCAGAAGUACAGUGAUGAGAAUUUUGCAUCAUGUGACUGGCUCUUGGAGAACAAACUGGUCUUUUGAGGACCUCUGUGAGUGUUUUGUAGUGGACUUCAUUUGACCAUGCAUCUUUUUUUUUUCUCUUAGUUUGCCAAGGAGACCAAUCUGCUGGAGUCAUGUUAUUUACUUUGCUAAGGAAAGAAAGAAAAUCUGGUUAAUUGUGAGACAUUUUUAAAGACAUUUUAGGAAUAUGGCAUGAUUAUCUACCAAAAAAAAAAAAGUUGGAUGAGUCAAUCCAGAUCAGGUUGCCUGAACAAUCACGUAACAAGACACUUUUUCAAAACUAUGAAUCUGUAAAAUGGGUUCGAUUUUGGUUUUAGAAAUGGAUUCAAAUGCAGUACUGUGAUGUUGUAUUGGAUAUUUAAAUGUGCCUUAAUCACAAGAGUUAUUUUGCCUUGUCAUUAACAGGAAGCGUUUCACUGUAUUUGAUGCCUGCAAGUGGAUUUUGCUGAACUGCAUGGUCACCUAUACAAAAACACACUAUAUACAGUAUCUCACUCUCAAAUAACAGUCUGUCAUGUGUGACUGACCUAUUUACAUAAUUUAAAAAAUAUUUGGAGUUAGUUUGGAGAUUUAUAUACUUAAACUUUACAUUGUUUGCAAAAAAGAAAGCAAAAGCAAACACAUCGCUUUUGUAACCUUGAAAUAUUAUACCACAUAUAAAAGACCUAAUUCAGUAUUUCGGCUUGCAGGACUAAUAUUUUUGUUUGUUUGUUUUUUGUUAUUGUGUAGCGUUGAUUUUAAAAUAGCAGUUUUAAAGGCACAAUAAGACAGACCUGGCAGAACAGCUACUGUAAAACAAAAUAAUAUAUAGCAUCUGUACCGUCUUGAGUGUCUUUUAAUGAAAUUUAGUUUACAUAGACUGUAUAGCAUAGGAUCUUCUCUUAAGGCCUCAGAUUUGUGGAGAGAAUUGAAAUCAAACUAAACUAAAUCCUGAACAAAACUUUUUCUUUUCAGCAUCGUUUUUGAAUGUGUAUGCUAAUCAGUCAGCCUGAAUGCAGAGACAUUGGUAAUGAAGAUGCAUAUAUUAUGAUAUAUGGAUAGGUUGUUGAGUAAGGGAACAUUGCUGGAUCUUUUUCUGUGACAAUUUUUUAUAAACAACAUAAACAUUCCUGUACAAAGUCAUAUUUAUUUGUAUGUUUGCAUGUAAUUUAUUUCUUUAUCUCAAGUUCCAAAGUGUCUAUUGUGGCAAGGUAUGUAAAUUGACACCUGGUGGCUGUGUAAAUUUGUUUGGGCAGGUGAAUGCGUUUUUUACUGUACACUCACGAUCUGGGAUUCCUGUGCAAUUGCUGUUUGCUCUGAAAAUGCUGCCUUCAUCCUUAUUGUCUUAUCAAACUGAGAAUUGUCUUUAGUAGCUUUAAUUUAAAAUAUUUCUGUCUUACAGUGACAUUCAUGUAUUACUUCUCUCUGUCAGAGGUUGAGACUUUUGGAGUGGAAAAUAUUGCAACAUUUCAUGCUGUGUGCAAAUUAAUGAAAUAAACAACACUGAAAAAAAAAAAAAAAAAAAGUAAAAUGAAUUAA